UGUCCCUGCGCCAGUUCGAUUCCCACCUCAAAGUCGACUGGGUACGAAAUGUCUGUGGAGUGUCCCACAAAGUGCAACUCCUGUGCUCCAAUUCCGCACAAUCGCGAUUAAGUCGAACCAGUCAUUACGAUUUGGUGAACCUCGCGGGACAAACAAGUAGUUCAAUAAUUCCUGGAUUAUUGGUGUUCAUGAAUCAAUAGCGGGGAUUCAUACGUGUGCGCUUGUGUUGACUGUUUACGCUUUUGGAAUUCACUUCAGUUAGCGGAAUUGAUCUGCUGUUGUGUCUACUCAAGGACUCAGUUUGACCUCGAAGAGGACGGCUUAUUGCGACUGUAGUAAAUCUUCUCUGGAAACGAUCAUCGUCAUUCAUUAGGAUGAAGUGAUUGGGGGAUUGAAAGAUUCCGUUGAGAAGAUUUUUUAGGACAACAUGCAGAUGAUCAUGUGGUGUGGGGGGUUUCUGGUUAUCUUAGUGGUGAUAUUUGGAUUGGGAGUGGAUUCUGCACCUACUCAUGUGCAGCCCAGUUUACCUACUGACCAGUGUGAUUGGAGUGGAAGUGGUGGUGGUGGUAGAGAAGUUCGUCCAGUUUAUUUACGAUGUUCACGUGGUACAGUGUCCUGGCGUUACCCCCGGGGUGCACUGAGGGUGGUACUGUCUGGUGGUGGUGACGGCAGGAGUUUUCGUGGCUGUAUCAAAGUAACAGGCCCAGCUAGAGUUUACCUCGAGGGUAAAGGCACAUUGAGACCGGUUUAUGCGCCAGGAGAUGGUGAACACGAGGCACUACAUCGUUGCUUUCACUCGAGGGGACAGCUUGCCGCCCUAUACGUGGAGGCGGAUGAGCCCACGCCCGGUCAUACCACAGUUAAACUACGUUAUGAUCUUGAACUCGAGUCAGUUGAUGAGAAUGGAAAAAUAGUCAGGAGGGAUGAGGAGGAUGAGUGUAGACCAUGCACUAAGGAGGAAUUAGCUGAGACUUAUUGCAAGAGUGAUCUCGUUGCUAGGGGUACAGUUAGUGCUGUUGAGAGACGACAGGAUCUUGAUGCUGCUGAACUUGUCCUCAGAGUUACUAAGACACUCAGGCGGAUCGAGGAGAAUGAGGAAAACGAAGUAGACUCUGGUGAUCUCGGAGUCGAGAGGGAGAUCAGGGUGCGUGUGUCCAAGGCCUGUGAUGCUCGUCAUGGUCAUGGAGAAUUUGUGAUAAUGGCGAAGAAGAGGCUGGGCGAUCUGACGCUGGCUUGUGCCCCCAGGCUUGAAGCCUGGGCUGAGGCUGUCAGAGAAUUGCAGAGCGCACCCUGUCUCCUCAGGAGUUAAUUUUAUCGUAAACAAUAAUAUCGAUUGAGUUUAUUUGGAAACAUGUAAAGAGAGUGUAUAUAGAUGAUAUAUUUUUGUUGAUUGUACAUAACGAGAAAUUAACUUGAUGAUAAGAUUUCGAUCUCCAAACUGUGAUAUUAAUUGUUUUUAAGAUGUUUGAAAGAUGAAUUUAUGAUCGAGAGAGCUUUGUACAAUAAAAGAGAUGUAUUUGAUGGGAAAUUGUUUGCUUCUUUCCUCUGUAGUAAUUAAGGAAUGGAUUAUAGAUGAGUAUCUUUAAGGCACAAUGUCACAGAUAUUUUCUAUAGACAAUAUUUUCCUUUCUUUGAGCAAGAAAAUUAUUUUUGUUAUUUCCUUAUAGAGAAAAUUCAGUUUCGAUGCAGAUCUUUUGAUAUUUUUCCCUCAAAUUUAUUAUAUCUGAGGCAAAUAUAUGCAGAAUAAAAAUAUUGUAUUUCGAGUGAAAAAUUAUGAUUUUCUGUAAUAAUUUGAAUUUGACUAUUACAAAAACGAAUUGAAAUUAUUCAACAAAAUAAUUCCCUAAAUAAUUAAUAAAAUGGGUACUUCCGUAAA